CCGCUGGGGGUUCCUCGCGCGCGCCGCAGGGGGGAGAAGAGCCGGCCGAAGCGCUGUGUGUAUAUCAGAAACAUCAAAAACGAUUCAGUCUCCGAUAAAAAACGACUUCUGGUCAAAAACAAAACAUCGUUUACAGUUUAUUUUUUCUCCUCGGAGCUUCCGCGAGCACACAGCAGUCCGCGUGAGCGCCGAUUUUCGUUUUUUUUGCUGUCUCUACCUGUCUGUCUGUCUCUCUCUCUCUCGAUCUGUCUCUCUCUCUCUCGAUCUGUCUCUCUCUCGAUCUGUCUGUCUCUACCUGUCUGUCAGGUGUGUUAGAGCUCCACAGUAACAGGGUUGUUCCUCUCCAGUUGAGUCGGUGUCGAUUCAAAGUCGGAUCUUCUUCAGCAUCCCACAUCCAGGUGACCUGAAAGAGAUGGUGAUGGAGAAACCGAGCCCUUUGCUCGUAGGGCGUGAGUUCGUCAGGCAGUACUACACACUCCUGAACAAAGCGCCCGAUUACCUGCACAGGUUCUACGGGAGGAACUCAUCGUAUGUGCACGGGGGUUUGGACAGCAGCGGGAAACCUGAGGAGGCCGUGUACGGUCAGGCUGAGAUCCAUAAGAAGGUGAUGUCCCUGCAGUUCAGCGAGUGUCACACUAAGAUCCGACAUGUGGACGCUCAUGCCACGCUAGGGGACGGAGUGGUGGUGCAGGUCAUGGGCGAGCUGUCCAACAGGGGACAACCCAUGAGGAGGUUCAUGCAGACCUUCGUCCUCGCACCCGAGGGUUCUGCUGUGAACAAGUUCUAUGUUCACAAUGAUAUUUUCCGCUAUGAAGAGGAAGUGUUUGGAGACUCCGAGGCUGAGUUGGGAGAGUCUGAGGAAGAGGAGGCAGAGGAAGAGCAGGUGGAGACCCACACAUCUCCUGAACCUGCACAGGACAGCGCGCCUUACUACGAGCCUCCACCAGUCAGUAAUGGCAUGGAGGAGCAGCAGGAAGAGGCAGGACCUGAGGCGGAACCAGAACCCCAGCCAGAGCCCGAGGCCAAUCAGGAGGCAGAGGCGGACCUUAGCGCUGAGGGAGAGCUUCAGCCUGAGGAGGUGGAGCCUGAUACAGAAGAGAAGCUUACAGAAGAGGUGGAGGAGAAACCCCCGACCCCUGUGUCGGCCCCAACUCCGCCCCCUCAGACCCCUGAACCGCCCAAGCCGUUCUCUUGGGCUUCGGUGACCAGUAAGAAUCUGCCACCCAGCGGCUCUCUGCCCACCUCUGGCAUCCCGCCUCACGUAGUGAAGGCCUCCAGUGUACCACCCAGAGUGGAGGUAAAGCAGGAUUCCCACGCUCCGUUGCCUAGAGACCAGCGACGUGAGAGACCCGGAUUCACACCACGUGGACCCAGACCAGAUGGCGCUUCAGCUGAGGCCCAAGGUGGGAAACCUUACUUCAGCUUUAAAGGUCGUGGGGACUCUGAAGGAGGUGAGGCUGAAGGGCGCCGGACGGUGCGUCACCCCGACAGUCAUCAGUUGUUUGUGGGAAAUCUUCCACACGACAUCGACGAGGGCGAGCUGAAGGAAUUCUUUAUGACGUUCGGGACAGUGGUGGAGAUGCGCAUCAACACGAAGGGUGUCGGGGGGAAGCUGCCCAACUUCGGCUUUGUUGUGUUUGAUGACUCUGACCCUGUGCAGAGGAUCUUAGCAGCCAAGCCAAUCAUGUUCCGCGGUGAGGUUCGUCUGAACGUGGAGGAGAAGAAAACCCGCGCUGCCAGAGAGCGUGAAACCAGGGCUGCCGGAGACAGUCGCCGUGGAGACCGUGGUCCCAGGGGCAUCAUGGGUAACGGGAUGGGGCGUGACCGAGACGGACGUGGCCCACCUCCGUCCUCCUCCAGGCCUACGAUUGGUUCGGGCCGAGGCAGUGGAGAGAGUCGGUUCGCCGGGCCACGUCGCUGAGUGGGUGGAGUCAUCCUGAACUGCGUUCGCUCUAUCGCGUGCUCGCUCUCUCUCUCUCUCUCUCUCUCUCUCUCUCUGUCUCUCGCUUUCUGUCUUUCUCUCGCACUCUCGUCACAUCAAUGGGCCGAAAAUUUACAAAAAAAUAUUUUUUCCUUUACAUACUUUUGUUUGUUUGUUUCCUUUUUGGAAUGUGACCGGCUAUCAACAUCAACAACGACAACAGCUACUACGAUGAUGAUGAUGAUAAGGACCACCAUUUGAUGUGAAAGAUAAAAACGCAAAACUUUCUUCUCUCUCUCUUACACACACACACACACACACACACUGAGUCGUUUAGAAAAUUCAUCGCUUUCUUUUGUGGGUUUUUUUUCUUUGCAAGGAAAAGGGGGCGUGGCUUGUUUUCUAUAGCGCAAAGA